AUGAAGGACAAUCUCGCAAUAUCUGACAUUGAGAAAGGCACCGUGUGUCACACGCAAGCAAGAGCAUUCCACAACGUCUAUAAAACGUUCCUGCGCGUUUUGCAAGACACGUUUGACGGGCAUCCGGAGAAAAUGGACGAGGCUAUGAAACUCAUGGAGGUGUUGAAGGUUCACGCAAAAAGGGCGAUCUGGACUCCGCUGAACUCCCUCACUUCUAGACCUCCAGAAGACGGGGAAGUGAUGUGUGGCCCAAUCUGGGAUUACGAUGUGGAGGAAUGA